UGACCCGUGACAUUAAAGGAUGUUAUUGUGGAAUUCACCAAGGAGGAAUGGAAGUUACUGACCUUUGCUCAGAGGACUCUGUAUAAGGAUGUGAUGCUGGAAAACUAUAGUCACCUGGUCUCAGUGGGUUACCAUGUGAAUAAACCAACUGCGGUCUUCAAGUUGAAGCAAGGAAAAGAGCCGUGGAUAUUAGAAGUAGAAUUUCCACAUCGGGUCUUGCCCUAAGACCUAUGGAGUAUUCAUGAUCUAGAAUCAAGAUACCGGGAAAGCCAAGCUGGAAAUUCAAGGCAAGUUCAAGAAUUAAUGUUUAAGAUUAAAGAUUUAAUGUGGAACUUUCUGUCUAGGAAAGUUAAACAUCAGAAAACUCGUACCACAGAGAAAGCCUAUGAAUGUAAGGAAUGUGGGAAGUUCUUCUAUCAGAAGUCUGCCCUCAUAGUACAUCAGCAUACUCACUCAAAGGGCAAAUCCUAUGACUGUGAUAAAUGUGGGAACUCUUUCUCCAAAAAUGAAGACCUCACAAGACAUCAGAAAAUUUACACGAGAGAUAAAACCUACGAGUGUAAAGAAUGUGAGAAAAUAUUUUACCACCUAUCAUCUCUCAGUAGACAUCUGAGAACCCAUGCAGGAGAGAAACCCUACGAAUGUAAUCAGUGCGAGAAAUCCUUCUACCAGAAACCACAUCUCAUGGAACAUCAGAAAACACACACAGGGGAGAAACCUUUUGAAUGUACUGAAUGUGGGAAGUUCUUCUAUGUGAAGGCAUACCUUAUGGUACAUCAGAAAACACACACAGGGGAGAAACCCUAUGAGUGUAAGGAGUGUGGGAAAGCCUUUUCCCAGAAGUCACACCUCACAGUACAUCAGAGAACACACACAGGGGAGAAACCCUAUAAAUGUAAGGAAUGUGGGAAAUUCUUCUCUAGGAAAUCACACCUCAAAACUCAUCAGAGAACUCACAUAGGAGAGAAACCCUAUGAAUGUAAGGAAUGUAGGAAAUGCUUCUACCAGAAGUCAGCCCUCACAGUACAUCAGCGAACUCACACAGGGGAGAAACCCUAUGAAUGUAAUAAAUGUAGGAAAACCUUUUACUAUAAAUCAGACCUCACUAAACAUCAGAGAAAACACACAGGGGAGAAGCCCUAUGAAUGCACAGAAUGUGGCAAAUCUUUCUCUGUGAAUUCCGUCCUCAGAUUACAUCAAAGGACUCACACAGGAGAGAAGCCCUAUGCAUGCAAGGAAUGUGAGAAGUCCUUUUUUCAGAAGUCACAUUUUAUUAUACAUCAGAGAAAACACACAGGAGAAUGCCAAGAGUGUGGGGAAACCUUUAUCCAGAAGAAGUCACAACUCACUGCACAUCAGAAGACACACACAAAGAAGAGGAAGGCUGAGAAGCAAGAUGAGUUGAGAAAUUCUCUUGACUGAAUUCAUCCUUCAGAACAAUCAGAUAAUUCACACAAGAGGUACACCUUAUGAAUGGCCUCAAUAUAGGAAAAUUUUCACCUACAAUCUUUGCU